AGCAAUAAAUUCAGGAACUGAAGAUGGCGACUUCCACGAAUCCAGAAAUCUCCAACAUGUCUUCAAGUUAGUCAAAAGAGCUGAGCAUGAACCGAACAUUUAUCUCAUAGAGAUCUGAUCGAUAUUUAUACACGACUUUGAAAAGAUCUGUAGCUGUACAUCUACUUGUGUAUACAGGGGUUAAUUGUGUUGAGUAAAGUAAGGUGAAUCCAACAGCGAUCCCUGACUGCAAGUUAGGCGUUGUCGCCAAGGCCAAGGCCCAGGCCCAAGCGAGUGGAUCGGAAACGGGAUCGGGACAAGACGCUAACGGGGAAGCAUGGGCGUGGAGAGCAGUGCACUUUCCGGCUGUACGUUGGAGGAUCCGCUCCCAGAUUCAGCAUCGGCGCAAGAUUGGAAAAUUCAUCCCGCCAAGAGGCCAGAUGGUUCGAGAGUAUCUGUUUUUGUUCACAAACAUGAUGAAGAUAAAGAACACCAAGAAAUAUAUCAACAUGCUGCAAAACAACUCAAGGUACUGCGUCACCCGACAAUCCUCAAGUUCUUUGCAUCCUGUAACAAUGUUGACAGUACCUACCUAGUGACGGAACAAGUCAAACCUCUGGAGUUAGUCAUUGAGAUGCUGAGUCCAGAGGAGAUAUGUGCUGGGAUGUAUAAUAUCAUUGAGGCUCUCAGUUUUCUUCAUGAUAGGGGAGGCGUGUCCCAUAACAAUGUGUGCAUGUCAUCCAUCUAUGUCAGCUGCUCUGAUGGUGGUUGGAGACUAGGGGGUAUGGAACAUCUAUCUAAAUUUGAAGAUGCAACUUUGCAGUUUUUAAAUCAGAGCAGACCACUUCGGAACUCUCAAGCCAUCCCACCAGAGGAAAAAGAAGAGGGAGUAAAGACCUCUAUAGGCCCUAGUAUAGGUCAUGCUAGAGAUGCAUACGGGUUUGGUGCAUUAGCUCUGACCCUUCUUGAAUAUCUUGGUGACCUAGGAAGUAUAAGUUCAUCUUUCUCUGUCAAGAUUGAAGAACAGUUUCUGAACCCUGAUCCAAAGCAUAGACCAAAGCUAAAGACACUUCUACCAGAUGAAAUGUUCAAGAACGACUUUCUUGACAUCAUAAGCUUCCUACACAAGUUGGUUUUGAAGAGUGAGGUGGAGAAGACUGUAUUCUUUGAAGGAUUAGCCCCUCAUCUCUACCGUCUCCCUGCUCAGCUGGUAGCCUCCAGACUACUCACGCCAAUCCUAGACAGUUUCGUCAUGGCCGAGCCUGUUGCUGUCAAUAUGCUCUUUCCUCACCUACUGACACCACGCAGAGAGUCUAAGAAGAACCCAGAGUUCCUACCUGGUCGCAUCAAUCCCAUCCUGCCUCUGGAUAUGUUUCAGCGUCACAUGAUUCCUAUCAUUGCUCAGGUCUUCCCGUCGAGGGAGAUGCACGUCCGCAGUCUCAUCCUGCAGUAUUUUUCUAGUUUUGUGGACCUCUUUGAUGAAGGGACUUUGAGGAGGGUCAUACUGCCCCAGCUCUUAUUAGGAUUGAAGGACCAUCACACUAAUCUGGUAGCAGACAGUCUACGUGCCUUGGCAGAACUGGUUCAUCUUCUUGGACCAGAGGUCGUCGUUGGUGGAGAGAGGAUAAAAUAUUUUGUGGAAGGCCGUCCUAAGUUUCCUAAAAAAACAAGCAAUACCAAAGAGAUGCUCAACAUUCCCAAGCUGACAGCUGUGAGUGGAGUCAUCACCCUCCCUGGUGCGGAGCCCACUCCCAUGUCUCCACCAGGAUCCUACCCCACCAAGGGGGGAGCAGUGGGGAGCAACCUGGAGGUUGAGGAGGAGGAGACGUCCUCCGAGACGGGUGUGGCCGUUGGAGAGGAUGUGAUGGUUUCCACAGCAAGGAAAGCAGAGAGGGAGAAGAGGAGAGAGGAGAUGAGGAUAAAGAACGAGCAGAGGAGGAGAGAGAGGGAGGAGAAUAGGAAGGCGAUGAUGGAAAAUAAAGCCAAAGCACCACUCUCCCCAGAUAAAGAAAAGCUUAGUAGUCUUGCUCAUCGUCUGUCACCAGAGGGCAGCAUUGAUAAUGGUGCUUAUCCACUGGGAGAGGACCCCCCAGCAGCAUCCCCAACAAACAUUCCAGCAACAGAUCCCGAUGAAACUCUCGAGAGCGAGGAAAUGACAGGGAAGAACGCAAUACAAGAUGGUACGGAGCCUGAAGAGGAUUGGUCAGAUUGGGAGGAUACAGACAACCCUGGACAGAACCGGCCAAUCGAAAGCCCUGUUAGAACACCCACGGAACCCAUUCCAAGCUCCGAACCGAACUCUGCCCACGCAGCAGACUGGAGCAGCGACUGGUCGAGAUCUGUAUCUGAUCAGUCAUCACCAAAGAAAUCCAUGACAUCUCUCAAAGGCACUGGCAAACCUCUGAAACUCAAAGACAUGGUGCCUCCCCAGAAGGAAACGCCAGCACCAAAGACUGCAGAGACCGUAAAACCCAAGGACUCCAAAACAGCUAAAGCCACAAGAACUGCACCCCAAUCAACUACAAAAUUGAAAAAAUCGACUCUGAACCCCAAUCAAGACUUUGGUAUCUAUGAUAUACCAGAAGUUAAGCUGAAGUCAAGGCCAGACCCUGAAGAUGAUCUGUUUGCAGAGCUGGCACCUAAACUCAGCUUUACUUCAACAGUUUCCUCCAAUGCAGCCAAAUCAACAGUAAGGAAGGACUCAUCCAAAGAUGAGCGUACUUCUGGAGCACUGUCCUUUGCUGUUGCCAAUGACGGAGAUGAGGAUGCGGAUGGCUGGGGCGAUGAUGAUUGGGGCAUCGAUGUCGAUGAUUGACCAUAGGGGUGACCCCGUCAUGCUGAUGACCACUGCCAAGUACAUAUAGAUGACCAGAGACCCACCAUGGCGUAUGCAUCCUUACCUUAAUAGUUGUUGACGGCAGACAAUAUGUAUAUGACCAACAGCAACUGUUUUGGGGAUACGCCCUACUUGCCACGGGGCUUUCCUAUUGGCUAAAAGGGCUCCAACUGGGAACUAACG